CCCCUGACGUCAUCACUAUGCGUCCAUUGAAGAAGAACACGUUGAUGACUCAGAAAGGUUCUGCGCUUGAUCUACGGUAGAGAAAGAAAGGCCGGAGCUUCUGUUAGGCUUCUGUUUGGUUUAAUUUCCCCUUCUUUCCCUUACGUUGUAUUGAACGGGUGACACUGGAGCUUCUGUUGAAGUCUGCUUGAAGAACUUGUGCGAGGUAGCCAUGUCAGUUACAGAGAUGUUCAGCUACAUCCAGGGCUUUCUCACUGCUGAUCAGGAUAUUCGCGAGGACAUAAGAAAAGUUGUCCAAAUGCUGGAGCAGACCGCCAGAGAGAUACUAACCAUCCUUCAAAGUGUCCAUCAACCAAGUGGUUUCAAAGACAUUCCCAGCAAAUGUCUGAAGGCCAGGGAACUGUUUUGUAUGGUUCAAACCCAUAUUGGUGAGCUGAAAACAAAGUUCCCUGUGGAACAGUAUUACAGGUUUCAUGAGCACUGGAGGUUUGUUCUGCAGCGCCUUACGUUUCUUGCUGCUUUUGUGGUCUACUUGGAGAGCGAGUCCUUGGUGACACGGGAAGAAGUGGCUAAAAUACUUGGAGUUGAAGUGGACAGAGAAAAGGGAUUCCAUCUGGACCUUGAAGAUUAUCUAGCAGGGAUUCUUAUUUUGGCCAGUGAGCUGUCAAGGUUGGCAGUCAAUAGUGUAACAGCAGGAGACUAUGGGCGCCCUCUUCGUAUCUCAAAUUUCAUCAACGAACUUGAUUCAGGUUUUCGCCUACUAAAUCUAAAAAAUGACCCACUACGCAAACGCUAUGAUGGCCUCAAGUAUGACGUGAAGAAAAUCGAGGAGGUAGUGUAUGACCUAUCAAUCCGCGGCCUUGCUAAGGAGCAGGAAGCCGGGGGAGAUAAGUAGAGGCAGUAGACGAACAGAAGAGGCCAUGGGGCAAAUACCCUGGCUGGGAUUCUCCAUGAGUGCAAGAGUGGAGACUUAACCUGCCCGUGGGCAGGCACAUGGAGGAAGAGAAGAUCAGAUGGAAGUGUUCAAGCCCCAGUAGCCUUUGACAGCGGUGUGGAUUUUGUCUACCCUAUUGGUAAGCUGUUUAGGGCUGGAAAAAAAAAUACGGGAGAAACUGUUUCUUACUGUUGUUGAGAGAGGUUUACUCAUGUACAGUUCAUCUGUAUGCUCGGUUGGAUAUACCAUUUUCCUGUUCAUUAUGGUUCUGUGCUGGUCAUCACAUUUGUAAAGCAUUGUAUAAACAUUGGACAUGAUUGACAAAGGGAUGAGGUGAUUUAAAAUUUUUAGUUUUCUUCUCAAUUUCACUGAGGUCUGUAAUAUAAUUAUACUACAAAUGAAAGUUGUUUGAAAAAUGUGGCCUGUAGUGUUUUUUUGUUUUGUUUUUUACUGUUUUAAUAUGUAUACAUGUGUUUGAAGAUAGCUAUACCUGUCUACAGAAAUGAGUAGAGUGGAGGAUCUGUCUGUACUAUGCUAAACUGCUGCAUUUGAUAGCUUUUUUCUUUUUUUUUUUGUUUCUUCCUGAAGGGGUCAGUACCUGCAGAUGUAUUCACAGAAACGAGUGCACUUUUCUUAGUGUUGUCUCAAAGUAUAUUGAGAGUUUUUAUUCAGAAUGUUUCUUCUAAAACAAAUGUUGCACCAUUGUUGUCUGGUGAUCGAACAGAGGAUUUUGCAAAUACAAACAAUAUUCUUUAAUGAAGGUGACUUGUUAUUUUUGGAAUCUUAUCCGAAUUCUUCUGCUCUCAUGACCUCCAUUAGUUUCAUUUUGUAAAACAUAUACAAUAUGUCAGGCUAUUGCAUGUUCUGUGGUCUGAAGAGAGUUUUACAAAAAAAACUUUUAUAGUCACCACAUGUGACUUUGGGUGGAGACUCCUUUAUUGUUUGCUUAUAGUUCACUGGUAUGUAAUGUUGAGUUAUACAUAUGAGCAUGUGAUUAGCCUUCUUUAUAAAUGUAUGCCUAAAGACUGUUACUGACACAACACAAAGUACCUGUGUCAGCAGUAAAAAUAUGCACUGUUAUCCUCAUGAAAUGAUGUCUGGUGUAUUACUACUGAAAUGAAGUAUGAACUCUUUCAUUGCCUUUUCGCUGUUUUUUUUUUAUUUUUUAUUCUUGCUGCCCCUCUCUCCAUGUUCGCUGUCUGCCUCUUGCCCUCUCAUUCUUUCUCUCUCUUUCUUGUAAUAAACUGCAUCACUGCAACAGA